AUGGACACCGCUAUGGAAGCCAACCUGGGUGUCGCUGGCCUCAGACCCCGCACAGAGCUGGACGACGAAGACUACUACCCCCAGGGUGUCUGGGACACGGUCUUCCUGGUGGUCCUGCUGCUCCUGGGGCUGCCAGCCAAUGGACUCAUGGCAUGGUUGGCUGGCUUGCAGGCCCGGCAGGGAGCGGGCACGCGGCUGGCUCUGCUCCUGCUCAGCCUGGCCCUCUCUGACUUUUUGUUCCUGGCGGCAGCUGUCUUCCAGAUCCUGGAGAUCCAGCAUGGAGGGCAUUGGCCGCUGGGGACGGCAGCCUGCCGUUUCUACUACUUCCUAUGGGGUGUGUCCUACUCCUCUGGCCUCUUCCUGCUGGCAGCCCUCAGCCUGGACCGCUGCCUGCUUGCACUCUGCCCACGCUGGUACCCUGGGCACCGCCCAAUCCGCCUGCCCCUCUGGGUCUGCGCCGGGGUCUGGGUGCUGGCCACACUGUUCAGUGUGCCCUGGCUGGUCUUCCCCGAGGCUGUCGUCUGGUGGUACGACCUAGUCAUCUGCCUGGACUUCUGGGACAGCGAGGAGCUGCCACUGAGGAUGCUGGAAAUCCUGGGGGGCUUCCUGUCUUUCCUCCUGCUGCUCGUCUGCCACGUGCUCACCCAGGCUGCCACCUGCAGGACCUGCUGCCGCCGCCAGCCAAGGCCCACAGCCUGCCGUGGCUUUGCCCGUGUGGCCAAGACCAUUUUGUCAGCCUACGUGAUCCUGCGGCUACCCUACCAGCUGGCGCAGCUGCUGUACCUGGCCUUCCUGUGGGACAUCUACCCAGGCUACCUGCUCUGGGAGGCACUAGUCUACUCUGACUACCUGAUCCUGCUCAACAGCUGCCUCAGUCCCUUCCUCUGCCUCCUGGCCAGCGCCGACCUCCGGGCCCUGGCACACAUGAUGCUCUCCUCCUUCGCGGCAGCACUCUGUGAGGAACGGCCAGGCAGCUUCACGCCGGCCGAGACACAAACCCAGGUGGACUCUCUGGGGCAGACUCUGCCAGAGCCAACUGCUGAGACCCAGCCACAGGAAAACCUCAUGACACAGCCCCCUACAAACCCCACAGCCCAGCCACGGUUGGAUUCUGUGGCCCAGUCACAGGCAGAUUCUGUCAUCCAGCCUCAGUUGGACCCUGUGACCCAGCCACAGGAGAGCCCUGGGGCCCAGCCACAGUUGGACUCUGUGACCCAGCCACAGGACAGCCCUGAGGCCCAGGCCCCUGGACCUGCUGCCAGCUCAGACCCCAGUCCCUAUGAUGAAGCCUCCUCUUCCCCAUCCAUGGAUCCCACCCCAGAAGUCCCUGAGAACCCAGACACGCCUGCUGCUUCUGAGGGAGAAAGGCCCGGCGGUGCCCUCCCAGAGGCGGCUCCCGGAGCAGGCCUCACGUGA